AGGCUCCUGCUGGUGUCCCUGGAGCAUGGGAGGCUGCUGAGUACGCAACGUGGUGUCUGGCAGGAGCGUGACAGCCCGUGGCCAGGAGGGCGUCCAUGGCUACAGCUAACAAGAGCAACAAGCCCAGAGUCCGGAGUAUCCGCUUCUCUUCGGGUCACGAAGCGGAAGGCCCCCAGGGCCAUGUCCACUUUGACGAGAAGUUGCAUGACUCAGUGGUAAUGGUCACCCAGGAGAAUGACAGCAGCUUUCUGGUCAAGGUCGGCUUCCUGAAGAUCCUGCACAGGUACGAGAUCACCUUCACUCUGCCCCCUGUACACAGGCUGAGCAGCGACAUACGGCAGUUGUCCAUGCCUAGCCUGCAUCUCAAGCUCCUCAGCAUCAUGCCCAGCCCGGAAGGCUACACCAUCAAGUGUGAGUACUCGGCGCACAAGGAGGGCGUCCUCAGGGAGGAGAUGCUGCUGGCCUGCGAGGGAGGCACCGGCGCCCGCGUGCGUGUCACGGUGCAGGCUCGCGUCAUGGAUCGCCACCACGGGACACCCAUGCUGCUGGACGGCGUCAAAUGUGUGGGGGCCGAGCUGGAGUACGACUCGGAGCACAGCGACUGGCAUGGCUUCGACUGACACCCUCGACCCGCCGCCUCAGGGACCCCCAGCCUUAAGGCCCCACCUCCUCUCCCCGAAUGCUGCCUGGCGCUGUGGCUUCUUCGCCCCUCCCCAGGGGCCAAGGGGUGAGGGUGGGGUGUCCGGGAGGUCUCUCGGCUAGGGACUCGCCCUCAGCCCCUCACCUCUGCCUUCAUUUGUGCCACCCCCUUGCCUCUCCCACGUCCUCCUCUUCGGGUGCCUCAGGGACCCUUUCUGCCUGCAGAAAUGGGUCAAGCCCUGUCGGGGGGGCUGUCUGCGAAGGUGAGGGGGCGAGAGCUCU